GAAUGGUGCAGAUGUCGCACGAGAAACGCUUGAUUCGGGACUUGAUCGGAAACUACAGCGAGCGAGGCAAGAUGGGCCGACCUGUCCAGGACCAGAACGAGACCAUUACAAUUUUCUAUGGAAUGUCCCUCAUACAGAUCCUUGACCUUGAUGAAAAGAACCAGAUCCUAAGCACCAACGUCUGGGCAACAUACAACUGGAACGACAUGUACCUGCGCUGGAACGAGUCCGAAUACGGAAACAUCAGCAUUGUCCGGGUCAACAGUGAGGACAUUUGGAAACCGGACAUCAAGCUCUACAACUACGCUGAUACCAGACUGGAGGAGAAGAGAGAAGCUCUGUGUGUCAUCUCUAGCACUGGAGACGUGGUGUGGAUCCCCCAGGCUGUCUUUAAGAGCUCGUGCUCCAUCGACAUCAGACACUUCCCUUUCGAUGUACAGAGCUGCCUUUUGAAGUUUGGCUCGUGGACGUACGACGGGUCCAACUGGUUUAGAGACUUCUUAUGGGUCUCUGGGUUCGAGAUGAACGACUACAUCACCAGCAACGAGUGGGACAUCGAAGAGUCCACGGCCGACAGGAACGUCAAGUACUACCCGUGCUGUCCCGAGCCGUAUGUGGACCUUGUCUUCAAGCUGGUCAUUCGACGAAAGGUUGCCUUCUACAACUACAUUCUCAUCCUCCCAUGUGUGUUGCUCUCUAGUCUGACCCUGGUGCUCUUCUGGCUACCACCGGAAUCUCCAGCAAAGAUGCAGCUUGGUAAGGUACGGACGAUUUGUCUUGCAUUGGUUUCGACUGUGGUACCGAGAGCUGACUGUUCUGAAGGCAAUGGCAAACAACUGAAAGUAAAAUUUGCCUAA